CCUUCCUUCCUCUUUCAAUACCGAUACUGACAUGUGAUGCAGUGCAGCAGCGAACACAUGCAGGCGCAUGCAUCGUCGCACAAAUAUUUCUGCUUCGACGUCGACUAUCUGUAGACGAUGCUUUUACUUAGCCAGCUCCAUCUCACUCACUGUGUACAUGUGUACAGAUCAAUAUCUUCUUUGACGUUACCGGGGAGUCCGUCGCAUGCAUUCAAUCAGAUAUUCCGCCGGAUUACCACCUCGGAGCAAAAGGAAAUUCGCUUGUCGCGAGCAAGGAUAUCAAUCUCAGCGCCCGACUCGAGUCUGCCAAGUACUGCGUGCCGAAGUAAGGUAUACAUUGGAGGAGCAGCUGCGCUUCUGCUAGUUCCCAGUUCGACGAAGUCCGGAUUUAUGACCAACGCGGUCAUGCAUUGUAGUUCAAGUUCCAAGCAGCAACCCUAAUCUUGGCCUGGAAUUCGUGUUCGGAAAGACCAAUACUGAUGGUAGAGAUGUAAGAGUAAUGUACAAGCCGGCGAGACGAGUAAAGAGAAAUCGAGGUAAAAAUAUAUUCGACUACAAGUGGGUAGACGGCACCUU